GCUACGGGCGCGCGGCGGCUGGGUCGCCCCAGGCAGAGCGCGCUGAGCCCUGAGGGGAGCUGCUGCCCGCUGCAUGGAAGACCCCGCGGUGCCCGGGGCCGGCGUCCCGCCCGCCAACGGCAACGGCAAUGGUAACGGCAACGGCGGCAGCAAAGGAAAGCAGGCGGCCGCCAAGGGCCGAGAAGCGUUCCGAAGCCAGCGGCGGGAGUCAGAGGGCUCUGUGGACUGCCCCACUCUGGAGUUUGAGUAUGGAGAUGCAGAUGGGCACGCAGCAGAAUUGUCAGAAUUGUAUAGCUACACUGAGAACCUGGAAUUCACCAAUAACAGGAGGUGCUUUGAAGAAGAUUUCAAGACUCAAGUGCAGGGCAAGGAAUGGCUAGAGUUGGAGGAAGAUGCUCAAAAGACCUAUGUAAUGGGACUCCUGGACCGGCUGGAGGUGGUCAGUAAGGAGCGGCGGCUGAAGGUGGCCCGGGCUGUUCUCUAUCUGGCCCAAGGCACUUUUGGGGAAUGUGAUUCAGAGGUCGAUGUGCUACACUGGUCCAGGUACAACUGCUUCUUGCUGUAUCAGAUGGGGACCUUCUCGGCCUUCUUGGAGCUACUUCACAUGGAAAUCGAUAACAGUCAGGCCUGUAGCAGUGCCCUUCGGAAACCAGCUGUCUCCAUCGCCGAUAGCACAGAGCUCCGAGUGCUGCUGAGUGUCAUGUACCUAAUGGUGGAAAACAUCCGCCUGGAGCGAGAGACAGACCCCUGUGGGUGGAGGACAGCCCGGGAGACCUUCCGCACUGAAUUGAGCUUCUCCAUGCAUAAUGAGGAGCCUUUUGCCCUUCUGCUCUUCUCCAUGGUUACCAAGUUCUGCAGUGGCCUGGCUCCCCACUUCCCCAUAAAGAAGGUCCUGCUCCUGCUCUGGAAGGUGGUCAUGUUUACCCUUGGUGGAUUUGAGCAUCUACAGGCUCUCAAAAUACAGAAGCGGGCAGAACUGGGCCUGCCUCCACUGGCUGAGGACAGUAUCCAGGUGGUGAAGAGCAUGCGUGCUGCCUCCCCACCCUCUUACACUCUCGACCUGGGGGAGUCUCAGCUGGCGCCACCACCCUCGAAGCUGCGAGGCCGCCGUGGUUCUCGAAGGCAACUCCUCACUAAGCAGGACAGCCUGGACAUCUACAAUGAAAGGGAUCUCUUCAAAACUGAGGAGCCAGCCGCAGAGGAGGAAGAGGAAUCUGCUGGUGAUGGAGAACGAACCUUGGAUGGAGAGUUGGACCUGCUAGAGCAGGACCCUCUGGUACCACCUCCACCCUCACAGGCACCCCUCUCUGCUGAGCGGGUGGCCUUUCCCAAGGGCCUGCCUUGGGCCCCAAAGGUCAGGCAGAAGGACAUUGAGCACUUCUUGGAGAUGAGCAGGAACAAGUUCAUCGGAUUCACCUUGGGGCAGGAUACAGAUACCUUGGUUGGAUUACCCAGGCCCAUCCAUGAGAGUGUGAAGACCCUAAAGCAGCACAAGUAUAUCUCCAUCGCAGAUGUGCAGAUUAAGAAUGAAGAGGAGCUGGAGAAGUGCCCCAUGUCUUUGGGAGAAGAGGUGGUACCAGAGACACCAUGUGAAGUCCUCUACCAGGGCAUGCUGUAUAGCCUCCCUCAGUACAUGAUCGCUCUGCUUAAGAUUCUGCUGGCUGCAGCUCCCACUUCCAAGGCUAAGACAGACUCUAUCAACAUCCUGGCAGAUGUCCUGCCUGAGGAGAUGCCCAUCACUGUUCUCCAGAGCAUGAAGCUAGGCAUCGAUGUGAACAGGCACAAGGAGAUCAUUGUAAAAAGUAUCUCCACCCUGCUCCUGCUACUCCUCAAACACUUCAAACUUAACCAUAUUUACCAGUUUGAAUAUGUAUCACAACAUUUGGUAUUUGCCAACUGCAUCCCCUUGAUCCUGAAGUUCUUCAAUCAAAAUAUCUUGUCAUACAUCACUGCCAAAAACAGCAUCUCAGUCCUGGAUUACCCUUGCUGUACCAUCCAGGAUUUGCCGGAGCUUACUACUGAGAGCCUGGAAGCUGGAGACAACAACCAGUUCUGUUGGAGAAACCUCUUUUCCUGUAUCAACCUCCUGAGGUUGCUCAAUAAACUAACCAAAUGGAAACAUUCCAGGACCAUGAUGCUAGUGGUGUUUAAAUCGGCUCCAAUCUUAAAGCGGGCCCUCAAGGUCAAACAGGCCAUGCUGCAACUUUAUGUCCUAAAGCUGCUAAAGAUACAGACCAAGUACCUGGGGCGCCAAUGGAGGAAAAGCAACAUGAAAACCAUGUCAGCCAUUUACCAGAAAGUACGCCACCGCAUGAAUGAUGACUGGGCUUACGGGAAUGACAUCGAUGCCAGGCCAUGGGACUUCCAAGCAGAAGAAUGCACCUUGCGAGCCAACAUUGAGGCUUUUAACAGCCGCCGGUAUGACAGACCCCAGGACUCUGAAUUUUCACCUGUGGAUAACUGCUUGCAGAGUGUGCUGGGGCAGAGGUUGGAUCUGCCUGAAGAUUUCCACUAUUCAUAUGAGCUCUGGCUGGAGAGAGAGGUGUUUUCACAGCCCAUCUGUUGGGAGGAGCUGCUCCAGAAUCACUGACUGAGCUCUUCUCAACAAAGCAUCAAUAGAUGGAGGUUGGCUCCAAUAAAUGGUGCUCUGCCUACCCUGCCCUUUCAGCCUUCAUUUCCAAUUCUAGGAGUACUUGUCAAGGGGAGAUCUGGCCCAGCCCUAGGACAUCCAGUAUAGUUCAGGGCUAUUCCAGAGGUUGUUGGGCCUAGAGAUGGUGCGAGGCUGGAAUCCUGAGUCACAACAAAAUGAUUACAUUUUUUUGACCCCAGUAUUCUCUGAGGUGAGUUGGAUGCCCAGUUGGCCUUCAAAAUCUUUUAGUGGCUCAGUCCUGGACAGGCUCUUUGGUGGUACCUCUCCCUCCCUGCUUUAGUCUUGGCUAGAACCAGCCUAGCCUUAGCUGGCCCCAAGAGUGAGAGGAAGUUUUUUAUGGCGUUUAACACAUAGCAUUCAUCACAACCUGGGGUGCAGGUUGUAAAAUAGGGAGAAAGUUUUUCUUCUUGUUCACCUUGGAUUCCUAGGACUUACCAGAGGUUUGGCAAAACCAACUUUGAAAUUAAGUCUAUAUUUUAAAUUUUGACACUCACCUCUUUCUAAGAUCAUUAGCUCUAAGAUGAUUUUAGAGCACCUACACCU